CAAUAAUUAAACUUAAUUAUAUUAAUAGCUUUAGAUUUUCUAUCUCGGUAUAUCUAGAUCUAAUCAAUUUGUUGUUUAAGCUUAUCAAAAGUUACAAAAUCAAAAUGGCAUUGAAACAUUUCAACUUAACUAAUCCAGUGUUUCAAAUAUUUUUAGGUCACUGUGCCCUUGUUUUACUUAAAACAAGUUUAAUAAGCAUUGUUACAGUUUUAGUCUUUUAUGCAUCCACGCCUCAAAAGAAAGUGCUGAAAAUUAAGUCAGAUAAGGACCAUGAAGAGAAGAGCCAAACAAUAACUGAAUACUCACAGGUGGAAAGAGUGCGCAGGUGUCAUCGUAAUGACUUGGAGAAUGUUCUACCAUUUGUCUUGCUUGGUCUGAUGUAUGUGGCAACCAAUCCAGGCUUAACAACUGCAGCUUUCAUCUUCCGUACUUUUACAAUCAGCCGAUUUAUACACACAUUUGUAUAUCUAUUGACAUUACCGCAGCCUUUAAGAGCAAUAGCAUUUGUCGUAGGAUUUUUAAUCAACAUAUACAUGACAUGGUAUAUAAUUACUGCUGCUUUAUUUUAGAUUGAAGAUUUAAAAAUUAAGAUUUGCCAAAAAAUAAUAAUUUAUGAGGUGAUAAUAUGUAUAAGCAACUUUUUUUAAAAAUGGUUUUCAUACAUGUUUCAGCAUUAGACUAAAAGGGCCAGCAAUUUAGCACUUUGGCUAAGAUCAUUAUCUUCUUAUCUAAUACAGAUGCUACUUAAAAAAGAUGAUUAUGUCUUACAAGUCAUGCAUUUAGUCAUGCAUGUUAACCAAUGACUUCAAUUCCGCCAAGUGACUUAUUUUCCUGGCUGGCUCAGGCAAAUGCACUGGUCAAGGCUAUGUCUUUGCAUUUUUAUUUCAGACAAAAUGUGCAUCUUGUUUCAAUAAAAUUGCAUACCAUGAUUUUUUACAUAUUUUCAAAAGAUAAAGAAAAAAUUUUCUGGAUAGGAUUAGAUAUAUUCAGCCAUUCAAUCCGUACUACAGUGGAUGAGAUUUCUUGAUGACUUAGUGGUAUUUCUUAUGUUUUACAAACGAUAAAUUCGCCCUAUGCAUUUCAUGUGACAAUCUUGUCAUGCAUGUUAAUCAAUGACUAAAACUCUGCUAACUGGUUGGUUUUCCUGGCUGAUUCAGGCAACCCAUUCCAUUCUCUAAUGGAACAAUGGAAGAAGAAGCGCUUUUGAAGAUUUUGUUCUAGCGUAUGGAAUUAGAAAUGUGCCUCUAUCUUUGUGUAGAGUGGCACUAUCCAGGCUGCAAGUGAUUAUAAAUAAAUACUACUCUGGUAACAGAUGUGAGUUUCAUUAAGCAUGUGAUGUUUGCAUAGCAGCGGUGAUAGCACAAAAAAAGCAACAGACUUAUAAUGUAAGUGUGUAAUAUAUGAUUGAAAAAGUAUCUGUGUGUUUUCGAAGUACACUUAUUAUGAUUUUUGCUUACUGUUUGCAUAUUUAUGUUUUAAGAUAUCUAAAGUGUUUCCUGCAAAAUGACUGAAAAAUUAUGAUAACAUUAAAACAAACAAAAAAUAUUGGCUCUAUUCAUUUUUUACGAUAUUUAAAGUAUUUCCUUCAAAAUGAUUAAUAUAUAUUUUUUCGGCCCUAUUUUGUCCGCGCUAUUUUGACGGGUUACGAUUUUGUGUAUAACUGAAAAUGUUUCUGUUCGAUAUAAAGUGGAGAAAACAAAACCAAAGUCGUAACAACUUUGGCGAACAUUCAUAUUUUGAACCAUGGAUAUAUUUUACUAACAUCGAACGGAUGCUUGUUUACUCAGACAAGGUCUGACGUAAAUAGAACAAUCGACUAUUGGCAAAUUUUAGAUGUAAAACCGAGUGCCUAUUAUUUCAACCAUUAUUGAUAAUGACAAUGUCUUCGAUUCCGAAGAUUAAGAAUGAGAACUGGAGUUUUUGUACGUUGUCGUCACGAAUUUGCUGAGGCAGCCGCGCUGUCUAGUUGUCACUUGUGAGUCUGUGACCUAUUUCGACCAAUUUCUAGAAGCGAGUUCAAACCAGUGCAAGUGUCCAGCGUAAACAAGUUAAUUUUAGAUAUCCAAUCGAAGAAAGAGGUUAAGGGAAAAAAAUAGCACACGUCAGCUUCUAGAAGGUCAAAGUUACUAAAAUAAUUAUCUGAGAAAGUUUCAUGAUUCUGGAACGUACGAUCAAAGAAAGUAUAAAUUAGGGGAAAGUCAAUAGACGGAGUCCUCGCAUAGUAGUAGUUCUUGUAGAGCGAUGGUCCUCGCUCAGUCCUCGAUUAGUAAUGGUUAUAAGUUUUGUGAUAUUAGCGGGUCCAUUAGUUAAAGUUUUAUAAGUUGAAGUUGAAAUUAUACUAAGUGAAGUUUCAUGUAUCUUUAAGUUUUAUUUAUGAAGUAUCAAGUCAAGUUGUUAUUGAAUUAAGAAGUCAUUUUAUCUGA